AAAAAUUUUGUCUGAAGAAGGUGGUGGUGGUUAACCCAUUUCAUCAUUUGUGCGUUGUGUCGUCCUUUUGCUGUACUUUUAAACUAUUUAUAUCUAUUGUGUUUACAUACGAAACAAUUUUGUAUCAUUUUCUUGUUAUUGCUAACUGAAUAAUGGAUGUAUCGACUCCCUUAAUAUUCAUUGCAUUAUUUCUUCUUGCAUUUUGUUCAUUAUUUCUUGUUUAUAAAUUUGGGAUAAAGGAGAAGAGUUACGAGGAAGCCUUAGCUGAGCAGAGACAAACAACAAAUGCCUUACUUGGGGUGAAACCAAAGCCAAAAGAAAAGAAAAACAAAAAGGCAGCUAAAAAGUUAAAAGAAAAAACAAACCCUCCAGGAAAUGAAACUGAUGAAUCUGAAAAUAUUGAAAAUCCUAAUGUGGACAAUUCCCCUCCCAAUAAACCUCAUGUAGAGUUUAAAGAAGAACCAGAGGAAGUUCCAAUAAAAGAAGUUGUUCAAAUUAAGCCCAAACGUGUGAAAAAAGUGAGACCUAUUUUGGUAAAAAGGGAUAAAUCACCUGAAAAAGUUAUUUUAGAUGUAGUAGACACUCCCAUUGUUAAUCACUUUGAGGAAAAUCCUCCUAAAGAUGACUUUGAACUUUUAAGAUCCAAUAGUCGAGAUGACAUUUUCAAGCAAGAAGCUGUAAAAGAGAAGAUUGUAAAGGAGAAGAAACAGAACUUAGAAGUUUCUCCGCCAAUGAGAAAUAAUAAAAAAUCCACUAAACAGCAAGCUGCAACUAAUUCAACUGUCACUGAGGCACCUCCAGUGGUGGAGAAAGAAGCCGACGAUAAAGUUGUAGAGCCCGCAACAGUUGUACCACAAACUAAUGGUAUUGUUGGAAACCUUGGCAAAGAGAAGAAGAAAAAGAAAAGUGAGUUUAACACCAGGCAGCAGCUGUCUGCGGAACGGGAUGGAUUAAUAAAAUUGGUGCGUAAAGCUGAAUUCUCUAAGAGUGAGAUUCAAUUGCUUAUUGAUCUGUUACUGAACAAGCAGCUUGAGGCCCCCGAAGUCAUUGACGAUUGGAGUGAGGGCAAAUCUGAUCCCGUUCAGAAGUUGAAGAAACAACUUGCCGAGAAAGAAAAGUCAUUGGCCGAGGAACAAGAAGCGUUAUUAGGAGUACAAGCAAAAUUGAAGGAGAUCCGCAGCGAACAACAAGCAGAAAAGUCCCAGCUCCAACAGAAAAUCAGAGGACUUGAGGAAGUCGUCCAGAAUAAACAGAUUGAACAACAGGCUACUAAUAACCGUUUACAAGUUAAUACUCAGAAAAUACAGCAAUUACAAGCUGAUCUCAAUGCGGAAAUUUUGAAAACUCAUAAGCUCGUAGAGGAUAAUGCAGCUCUGCAAAUGCAAAUUCAGCAGUUUGAAGUUAGGAUUUCCCAAGUACAAGACACUGACAACAUUGUUGCCACACUCAAAAAUGACGUCGAGGAGUUAUCUGCCCAAAAUCAACAUCUUAGAUUGGAGCUACAGCAAAAUGUGGCUGAAAAAGACCAUCAACAGCAGCAGUUUAUGAUCCAGAUGGGUAACCUGGAAAAAGGGCUGAAGCAGCAAAUUCAACAACUCGAGGAGUCUCGUCAAGAUUUGGAAAGGAAUCUAGAGAUGGCUGUGAGGCAAGAAAACGAUUGGAAAAUGGAAAUUUCAAACAUCAAUACCGCCCUGCAACAACAGUAUGAAGAGAAGAGAAGGUUGGAACAAAUUAUAGAUCAGGUGAAAGAUGAACUGCAAGUAGUGAAUAACGAAAAAGCUGAAAAUAUUAAAAUUAUUGCCCAGUUAAAAUUGGAGAUACAACAAUUACAAGAAGACCAGGUCUCCCAAGUAAAUGGAUCAUCGGAGGAGAGUAAGGCUCAAGAAGUAGAAAUUCUGAACCUGACCAACGAACUGUCGUCCGUAAAAAAUGAAUUGUCAACAGUCAGAUUCGAGUUGCAACAAUCAGAAACAAGGUACAAAACAGAACUUGAAAGUUCGAAUAAGAAAUAUUCUACAAUCCAAGUAGAAUUGGAAGAGCAAAAGAAAAAAAAUAAUGAAUUAAGAACUAAGAACUGGAAAGUGAUGGAGGCAUUAAAUGUUGCUGAAAGCAGGAGUAAAGCCAAUAGUGCAAAUAAGCAAACGGACUUAAACCUAGAUAAAAUAAAGAAUGAGAUUCGCGUAAAAGAGCAAGACUCUCAAAAAGAAUUCAUCCAAAGACUGUUCCCCGAGAUUGAGGACCUUCAAGUAGCGACUGCGGAAGAUUGGCAAGCGGAAUUCGGUAAACUAAUUAGAAAUUAUGUAAGCGACCUUAAAAAACAACAAACCAGACCUCGUUCUCCUGAAAACUCACAAAAUACAGCCAAAUUGCAGGCUCAAUUGCAGCACUACAAAGAUAUAAUAGAUGACACAGCUGGCACAUUAAACAGACUGCAGUCUCAUAUACAAAAAGAAGAAAUUAACUGGAGGCGUCAGCUGCAAGCCAAAGAUACUGAAAUAGAGAAUUUAAAAGAAAGUUGUGUAUUGCCCCUGAAAACAAAAAUUUUAAGUUUAGAAAAGCAGUUAUCAGACGAAAUCAAAUUGAAGGAACAGGUAAAUCAAGAGUGUCGUGUACUGAAAAGUGGCCAACCCCUACAGACUGAUGCCACAGCUACGAUCGAAAAGCUGUCUGAAGAAGUAAAUCAUUUGAGAGAACAACUCAGAGUAGAACAGACUAAAAAUGGGGAUGUGAAUGUUUGUCUCAAAGCACAGAAUAAUAAUUAUAAUAAUUCAAAUCCAACGAAUGGACCUGCUCUUAUUGAGGUCUCUUCCAUUCGAAACGCCAACAUUUGCUCAAAUAUGGGGUGUCAGUUUUUGUAUUGUGAUGGUAAAAGUUGCCAUGGAAACUAGUCGCGGUAGCAAAAUAAGAAGUUCUAGAAGUUAAAGGGAAAAGGAGAUCAAGUGUAAGAGACGACACCAGAAAGGCUAAUGCAUUGAAUGAUAUUUACUCUUUAAGAACUAAGCUUAAAGUACUACUUAAUUUAAAAAUAUUUUUAUGAAUUAAUUUUUACUACUAUCAGCAUUCCUUAUUUAUAUUUGUGCAAUAAUUUUGUGAAGUAUCCCAAGGUAGUCUAACGUAUUUGUGGACUACAUAAGUAACAAAAAUAUGUAAAUCGUUUGACUCAAAUCGACUAAAAUUUCUCUUUUUCUGUUAACGGACGUUGCAAUAAAAAAUAAACUAGUAUCAUAUAAAAUGCUAUAAAUAAGCACAUGCUUUCGUUCAUGUAGACAUGAGAUUUAAAGUAAUAAAAUUAAGGCUUGUAUAAUUUAGUGACAGUAUAUUCUUGUACGGAAUGAAAAUAUGUUGUAAGUACCAUAAAGUACUUUAUUAAUGGUUAAUUAUAAAUUAUGCUAGUUUGUAUAUUUCUAGUAAAUCUGAAUAAACAGUUUUUACUGCGUCAUUUGCUUUGUGGAAUUUAUAGACUAUAAAAAUCUAAUGGUCUCAGGUGUAUCAAAGCUAUAAAAGUAUUUUUUUUUAAUACGAUAUAGGAUCCCAUCGAGGAGAAUCCUUUACGAAUUUUAUAUACUUGUUCUUCUUAUUUAUGUAACAUUUGCACUUUUAUCAAAUAAAAAUUUGUAUUGGAUAUGAAA